GAAGUCAUGGGGGUCUUGUGUCCUGAAUGUGGUGUGCAGAAGGUAAGCAUCUUGGCCUGUGCCUCAGUGUCCCAGGUUGGGCAGGGGUCAGGGCCUGUCCGGUAAGAGCCCACCCUGCAGGCUACUCUGGGUGUCCAGCUACCCACAGCAUCCUGGAUGCUCCUGACCCUGGGGCUCCAGUCAAACCUGUUGGAAAGCUGAGAAACACACAAUUUCCCCCAUGCCUGCAAUGGACUGGGUGACACGCUGUGUGUUUCUAGCAUAGUUCCUUCCCUUCUCUGAGCUUCCACCCACCUGCUGGUUCCCAUAGCCCAGCACCAAGCGGUGCUGAGAAGGCACGAAGGGCCUGCCCCCCACUUCCUGGCCAACAGUGUGGGUGGCACCCUAUCUCCCGAGGCUGACACUUUCCACCGUUCUGUCUCCAGGCCCAGAACAGAGUCCUGUAGAAAUGGCUUUGAUAGGGUCACCCUCGUGUGUCUCACACACCCACAAUGUCCUGAUUCAAGUGCCCUUAGGACACAGGAAUUGGCCUGAGUGGUUGCUGACCUCAGAGGGGACCAGGCUGGAAGAGGCGGGGGCGGAUGAGACUUACCGGGUGGGCCGGACCAGGCCACUUCCUCCCUUUGUUGUCCCCAUGUUUUCUUUUCUUUCUGACUUGAAGACCACAUCACCAGCAAAUUUGGGAGUCUGGUUCAACUGGCAAGGUUGAACCUCAGUGGAGCCAGCUACGCCUGCCCGUCGUCAUGAUCCUGACACUGAUGCUGGGCCUUGGGGGGUACCUGAGCUGGGGACUUCUGGGGGCCUGGGCACAAGACCCUGGUACUAGGUUCUCUGAUCCCAAAAGGCUCAGGGUACCUGCGGGCUGGAAAGCAGAGACUGCCGAUACCAGCAGAGACCCCAUCGGACGGAACUGGUGCCCUUAUCAGAAGUCUAGACUGGUCACCUUCGUAGCUGCUUGCAAAACAGAGAAAUUCCUGGUGCAUUCACAGCAGCCGUGUCCACAGGGGGCUCCUGACUGCCAGAGAGCCAAAGCCAUGUACCGAGUGGCCCAGAAGCCAGUGUACCGCGUCCAACAGAAGGUGCUGGUCUCUGUGGCCUGGAGAUGCUGCCCAGGCUUCCGGGGUCCAGACUGCGAAGACUAUGAUCCCACAGCAAACCCUGAGCCCACGGAGCCAAGUGGUGAACUCCCGGGGACUUGGGACCAGCUGGAUGGCUUUGAACUUGGCCACUCUGUCACAGAGUUCAGUGAGAUUAAGGAGCCACGGGGACAACGGGAACACCUGCUUCAAAAUCUCCAGAACGAUGCCCAGUUGGUAGAAGAUGGCAUCCCAGGCCCUUGGGACGCCCUGGCCAGCAACCUCACAGCUGAGACGACAGAAACCAAUCAAACAGAAUUCGAGUUUUCUGGAGGGCUGUCAGAGCAGCCCCUGCAGCCCCUGCAGCCCCUACAGCCCCAUGUCGACGCGUUUCUGCAAGCCCACGUCGGUCCCAUCUGGAAGAGCUUCAGUGAGAGCUUGCACAGCCUCUCCCAGGCUAUCAGGAACUUGUCUCUCGAGGUGGAGGCCAAUCGCCAGGCUGUCAAGACGGUCCAGGAGGACACCGUGACCAGGGCUGACCUCCAGGAGCUUGGUGCCAAGUUUGAUGCCAAGGUCCAGGAGAAUAACCAGAGAGUGGGCCAGCUGUGGCAGGAUGUGGAGGAACAGCUGCAUGCCCAGCGCCGUUCCCUGCACCAUGCCCUCUCCGAGGUGCAAACUGAGAUGAGCACCAAGUUGAAGCAGCUUGUCAAGGCUCAGGAACUCCCAGGGGCCAACGGUAGCCUGGUGGUGGCAUCCGCUGCAGCGGCGGCAAGGCCAGAGCCGGAGAGCCUGCAGGCCAGACUGGGCCAGCUGCAGAGAAACAUCUCUGCUCUGCACAGGAUCAUGGAUCAGAGGGAGGAGGCGCUGCAGGGCACCCUCAAGAACAUGGACAGUGUCCUGAGCCGGCACGUAGAUGAAAUCAAGGAGCUGUACUCUGAAUCAGAUGAGACCUUCGAUCAGAUCAGCAAGGUCGAACGGCAGGUGGAGGAGCUGCUGGUGAACCACACGGGGCUCCGAGAGCUGCGGGUGAUCUUGAUGGAAAAGUCCCUCAUCAUGGAAGAGAACAAAGUGGAGCUGGAGGAGCAACUAUUGGAGCUAAACCUCACUCUGCAGCAUCUGCAGGUGGGCCAUGCAGACCUCAUCAAGUAUGUCAAAGACUGCAACUGCCAGAGGCUCAACUCUGACGUGGACGUCAUCCGGGAGGGCCAAAGAGACGCCACGCGCACCCUGGAAGAGACCCAGGUGAGCCUGGAUGAGCAGCACCAGCUAGACGAUUCUUCUUUACGGUCGUUGCAAAGCACUGUGGAUGCCAUGUCCUCAGCGAUGGACGAGCACAAAGGAGAGAGCGAGCGGGCACGGGCCGAGAGGGCCAGGAUGCGAAGCCAGCUGCGGACGCUGGAGCACGCGGUGGAAGCACUGAAGACUGUGGCGAACCAGACCCGCAGAGAGAUGCGCCAGCUGCAUAGUUCCUUUGCAGCCCUUUUGGAGGAUGCACUGCGGCACCAGGCGGUGCUGACCGCCCUCUUUGGGGAAGAGACGAUGGAGGAGAUGUCGGAGGAAGCGCCUCGCCCUCUGCCCCUGAAUUAUGAUCAGAUCCGCCUCGCCCUGCGGGAUGCCGCCAGUGGGCUGCAGGAACAGGCGUUUGGCUGGAAUGCCUUGGCCACUCGAGUGGAGGUCUUGGAGCAGGCCGUGGAGCAGCACCCACAGUUGGCAGAACAACUGGAACCCAGCCACGAUCCUGGAAGGGAGGAGGAAGCCACGGCUUUGGCCAACCUGGAGCAGGAGAUUCAACGCCUAAACUCUGAUGUCAAGCAGGUUGGGCGAUGCUGUGAGGCCUCCUGGGCUGCCUCCCUCAACGGAUCCCUUGAAGACCUACACAGCAUGGUUUCUGACACCCGGCACAGCCUGAGACAGCACCAGCAGCUCUUCCACGGCCUUUUCCAGAACUUCCAAGAGCUGAUGGCAAACAACAUUAGCCUAGACCUGGGUAAGCUGCAUGCCAUGCUAAGUAAGAAAGAGAAGAAGCAGCUGAAGGGCCUGGGGGCCUCCCGGAAGAGGGAGAAGAAGCAAGUGGUGAUGUUGGCAGAUGCACAAGCCAAAGGGAUGGAGAAAGGUGUUCUGGACUCAGAGCUCUGGGAAGCAGGCUCCCCUGUGGCCUUCUAUGCCACUUCUUCAGAGGCAGCAACCGCCCUGCAGAUGGUGAAGUUUAGCACCACUUCCAUCAAUGUGGGCAGCAGCUACUUCCCCGAACAUGGAUACUUCCGAGCCCCGCAACGUGGUGUCUACUUGUUUGCAGUGAGCAUUACGUUUGGCCCAGGUCCAGGCACGGGGCAGCUGGUGUUUGAAGGUCAUCACCGGGUUCCAGUCUACAGCACAGAACAGAGGGGUGGGAGCACAGCUACUACUUUUGCUAUGUCAGAGAUGGAGAAGGGUGAGAGGGUGUGGUUUGAGUUGAUCCAAGGGUCAAUAACAAAGGGGAGCCAACCACACACUGCAUUUGGGGGCUUCCUGGUGUUCAAGACCUGAACCCUGGGUCCAGCUCGCUUGCAUCAGACAUGGUAAACUCGCCUGCUGUCCGUAGACUGGAGAACACGUAGUGGUCUAGCUCUUCCCUGGGUACCCACAAAGGUCCUGCCGUAGGCAGCAUGUAUCUUCUUUUGGACACACAGGCUGGGGGAGGCCAAGAAUGCUGCUCCCUGGACUAUACCUGGAGCGGGAGCUGGGCUUCUCACGCCUUCCCCCAAUGGCAUGGCUUGUCUUGGCUCUAAGCCAUUCCCUCAAUUCCGCAACUUUGUUUUGUUGGUAUUUUUCUCCUUGUGUGGUUGGAAAUUUCUGUACAAUAUUUAAAUCUUUUCCUCUU